UCUAUGAUGUCAUUUUGAUAUUUUUGGCGGCGAUCGGAAAUCGACGAGAUCUGCAGAAACUCUUACUACUAUUUCUGUGCAAAAUCAUCCUAACGUCGUUCGUUAUUGCUCUUCACUAUGGCAGCUGUUGCAGAUCCAAGGCUUCGUCAACUGAAGAUCAAAACUGGUGUGCUUAAACGCUUGUCGAAAGAGAAAACAAUGUAUGAAAAAGAAGUUGUGGAUCAAGGACAGAAAGUGGAGAAGAUGAAGGCAGAGGGCAAAGAUAGUCAUGAUGUCAAUAAACAGAUUGAGGUCCUUGAAGAAUCAAAAAUCAUGAUUCCAGACUGUAAAAGAAGAAUCAAAACAGCAUAUGAAGAUUUAAAGAAUUUAGUUAGUGAAUCAGAAAAAGAUCUGGAUGGGUCAGAAGAACUCAAGCAAGCUAAAGCAAUUCUUGGAGAAACUGUGCUUGAAAACUAAACUGCUUGCACUAUGCAUUGAAUUAACUUUAUAAGGGAGUGUGUAGAACAAAAAUAUUGUGUGAAAUAAGACACCAUUGCACUACAAAUAACAUGUUUGUUAAGGAAAGCCAAAAAUAUUUUAACUCAAAGAAUAACAUCUAUAUGUAAUACGUAAUAGUUUUGUUUAUGUCAUAGUUUUCCUUAUUUAUUAAAUCACUUAAGAUCAGGAAA